AUGAGACCUAGCUUAUUUAGAUUGCAGAGUGUCGGAAUCAACGGUGCUAAAUCUACUUCUGGGAUGGGAAAGGGCAUCCCAUCGCAAAAAGUACCUUUUUAUGCUUCAAAGAAAAAUGUUGCCAUUAACUGCGUAAUAACGUUCUUGUACGGGUACGGGCUCUAUGCUUUUUACAAAGAUUAUCAAACGGCGAAAAGAUUUGCUGUCCGGAAGCUGUCGAAACCUGAUCCGGAUGUUUCUCCGUACUACUUGGAGAGAGUGGAAGAUAUCCACAACGCACCAAAUCGUUUAUUCCAUUCCGAGCAUGAAGAUAAGGAAGUGGAACGGUCAACUAUGAGAAGAGUCAUACAUUCUUUGACCUACGGUGACGUUUCACAGUGUGCGGUUGCUUGGGGAUUUUUGAUUCAGUUAUGUAAUACAACGCAUGCUGUUUACGGCACAAAGUCAAUGCUUUUCAGGACCAGUUUGCUAAGCGUCGUGGGCUUCCCGCCGCUGUUAUACUAUCUCUAUAGGAUGCGGUUGUUCAACCUUGAGAAAAAAGGCGUCAUUAUCAACUAG